UCUUGGUAUAAAUACUUUGUUUCCUUUCAACAUUUUUCCAUCAGGGUCCAGCUCCAAUUGAGCUUUUUUCCCCUUAUUACUACUCUUUUCUCAAUCUUUUUCUUUCUUCUCCGCUCCCAAAACCAAAAGUUAUCAACUUUACUACUAGUAAUCAAGAAUUAAUCAUGGCUGAUCAACAAGUGUCAUCAUACAGGAAUGGAUCAUCAAAGAAAAAGAACAACAUUUCAAGGAAGUGUGCUUCAUUGAUUAAAGAACAAAGAGCCCGGAUUUACAUCCUCCGCCGAUGUGCCACUAUGCUUCUCUGUUGGUAUAUUCAAGGGGAUGAAUAAGUUCA